AUGUCCAAAGCAAUCUCAUUCACCUACUCGCUCGACCCGCCCGCCUCGGUCCCAGCCGCGAGCGCGACGCACAACGGCGUGCCCGUCCCAACGUCCGGCGGCGAGUCGUUCCCCAUCACGCCGGCGCAGUCGUCCCGCUCGGCGACGCACGCAUUCUACACCGACGCCUCGGCGCAGCUCUUGGCGGUGCAGGCGCGCGUCAACGAGGUCCUCACGGCGUGGAAGGACGCCAUCGGCGACGCCGAGAAGCACAAGGAGGCGACCGGCAAGGUCGCGUACGGCCAGGGCAAGGCGCAGCGGCUCAUGCAGGCCAAUAAGGCCGACGAGGCGGCUGCUGAUGACGACGAGGAAGAGGAGGACGAAGAGAGCGACGAGUAG